AUGAGGUCGGCGGCGAGAUCAUCAUGGCUACUGCUCUUCGCGGCAGCCAUGGUUCUGGGAGCACUGCCAGCGGUCCUCGCCCAUGGAGACGAGAAUGCAGGCGCUGGCAUGGAUAUGGACAUGGCCGGAGAGAUGGACAUGAGCGCUCAAGAUCCCAAGCCGGAUCCUGAAUCUUAUGCGCCAACGUAUUUUACUCACCCAGAGCACCGCGGCCUGAUAUACGCGCACGUUGCGCUCAUGGCCAUCAGCUGGGUUGUGUUUUUACCCAUAGGUGUCAUGUUCUCGCUGGCACGAUCGCGGUACACGCUGCCAGUCCAAUUCGUCUUUCUCGCAACAAAUGCGCUGGCGCUGGUGUUUGGCAUUAGCUACAAUGCUCAGACGCCAGAUUUGUAUCCAAAUAACGCUCACCACAAGAUCGGUUGGAUCGCGACCUGGGUCGUCUCUGCCCAGGUACUCAUUGGUCUGGUGGGCCGCGUGGCUGGCGCUAUGCGGCAGGCUGGCUCGGAAUCACAGCAGCGCCAGGGCCCUGGUACGGAGGAACGCCAAGCCUUCAUUCCAGUCUCAACCGAGAACAUGGCCGAGCAUCAGCGCAUUAGUGAUGCUAUUCACAUGCAUAAGUACAGGCAGUCAUACGAUAGCGGCCAAGGGACUGAGCCCAAUACCGAGUCCCUGAGAAGUGAUUCUCUCUCAAACUCGCCCGGGCACCAGUCUCCGAGCUCCAUGGAUGACCACCGCAUGGACUAUAUUCAUGGCAACGACGACGAAGACGACGAUUAUCUUGCACUGAAGCCCGCCGAAUUGAACCUGUCCAAAUACCAGAGCAGUUCGCUUCUUGCCAGGGCUGCCGGGAAGAUCUCUACCAGGAGUUGGAAGAUUCUGCACGUGGCUUACAGCGCCGUUGACAGAACCAUACUUAUUCUUGGCUAUAUCGCACUUACUACCGGUAUUGUCACAUGGGCUAGAUUUUUUGAAGGACAUGCCAUUUUCACUGGCCUAGCCCACUGGAUCAAGGGCAGCGUCUUCUUCUGGCUGGGAUUGCUCACUCUGGGCAGGUGGUCCGGCAGCUUUGGAGAUCUUGGCUGGGCUUGGAACGUGAGACCCAAGCAGAGCUCGCAAAAGUGGCGACCAUCGGCCGAGUUUGUCGAGGGUUUCCUCAUCUUUUUCUAUGGGUCAACAAACAUUUUCCUGGAACACUUGGGCAACGCAAGUGUGGGCAACACCGAGUUCAGCCCGCAGGAUUUGGAGCAUGUUUCCAUCACGGUCCUGUUCAUCGGCGGUGGAUUGCUGGCUAUGCUCAUUGAGUCGACCAAUAUCCGCGAGCUGCUCAACACGACCGUCUCUGAGGCGGCCCUUUUGCAUGCCGACGGAGCAUAUAGCGACGAGGAGCGCGAAGCAUUGCGAGUGCCCGAGCAGUAUGAGUUCUCUAUCAACCCCAUUCCCGCAUUGGUCAUCCUGCUCCUUGGAAUCAUGAUGAGCUCGCACACACAGCAGACCAUGAUCUCCAGCAUGGUUCACAAGCAAUGGGGCAACAUGCUUACGGGUGCGUCGUUCGCCCGCGGUUUCACCUAUGUCUUGAUGUAUCUCCGCCCACCCCGCUCGGUCAUGCCGUCCCGACCACCUACAGAGCUGCUCGCUGCAUUCGGUCUGAUUGCUGGCGGUAUCAUCUUCUGCGCAAGCUCGGGUGACACUAUCGAUGGUAUGAUUCACUACGACCUGGAUGCCAUGUUCUUUUACACAGUUACGAUGGGUUUCGUCGGCCUUUUAAUGGCUUGGGUUGUGCUUUUGCUGGCUCUCAAGGGCUGGGCUCUGCGCAGGGAAUCCUCAAGGGGGCGACAAGGUGCAUUCAGUACUUCUGCACGCUUUUAG